UUGAAUGCACAACUACAGAAACCGCCUUCUCUUUCACUUCAACUGAACCUCUCUGCCGUUUUUUUCCACACCAAAAAUGGUUAAAGGCGAAGACGCAAUUCGAAAAAAGAAGAACAAAGCGAAUCGAAAGAAGAUGCAGAAGGACACUUCGACAGUCUCUGCUCGUGUCGCCUCUAUAAUCGCCGCCAAAAAGCGUCGAAAGUCCGGUAAACGCAGCAGUUGUCAGGGGAUGUGUUUUAGCCUUCCUACUCCUGAGAAUCCAUUCAAUGACAAACAAGGGAGUUUGGACACAAGAAAAAAGGAAACCAAGAACAUUCCACCAAGGAAAGUGGCUCCUGGUAGAAAUCAUGCAAACAUAGAACCUCAAGAACAGAAAAUGUUAAGGGACAAGAAUUUGGGGAGUGAGCAGACAAAAUCACGGACAACAGUUGAUAAUGUGCGUCAGAAAAGCAUUGUCAAACCAACAAAAGCAAAGAUUCAGCUGAUGCAAAAGAGUGAAGCAGACCAUGCUCAACAAGCUCAGGGUUUUGACAAUUCAGGUUGUCCUUCGAAGUUUCUAUUUCUCUGCUUGAAUUCAAUACAGAAUGCUUUGCGGCAUGAUGGAACCUUAAGUAGUGAAGAGGAUAAGCCUUUGUUUGUUGACACAUGGGGAGUUGAAUUCUGGAGAUACUAUUCAUUUGGAAAAGACAUAUUAGAGACAAGUGGAGCUUGUUCUACAAUAGAACAAAUUUCUUGGAUAGCUUCAACUGCUGCUGAUACAAUUGUAAGAAAGGAGAAAGAAGGCCAAUCAUUCACCAGCCCCUUUCUUUUAUUCCUCGUGCCAUCCCAGGAGAAAGCCACUAAGCAGGUACGCAUGGUGUGCAAGUCUUUGAAGUCUCUUGGAAUACAUUCAGUGAGUCUACAUUCUGGUGCUUCCUUAGAUCACCAAAUUCAUGGUCUAAAGAGUUGUGAACCUGAGUUCAUUGUGUCAACUACUGAGAGACUUUUGGAGCUUGUUUCGUUGAAAGCCAUUGACAUAUCUGGAGUUUCUUUACUGGUUGUCGAUGGUCUGGGGACUUUUUCUAAAAGUGGUUGCUUAGACAGUAUUAAAUCUAUUAGGCAAGCUAUCUCUGGAAACCCCCAGUGUGUGGUUUUCAAUGAUGGUUUAAAUUAUGAAUGUGUUCCGCUACUGCAAAACCUUCUGCGGGGAUCAAUCUGCAGAUUAUCACUUAAUGAUUCUAUUACUAGUCAAAGUGAUUGCAUUAUCCAGUCCGUGCACGUCUGUGGAUCAGAAGAAGAAAAAAUAUCAAAGGGCAUACAAAUUUUGGAUCAAGCUUGUGGUAAUCAACUUGGCCCUCAGCUUUCUAAGGUGCUGUUUGUAGUUGGAAAAGGUAGCAGCUUUCAUAAGUUAGUUGCUGCCAUCAAGUUGAAGGGUUACUCUGUUUCAACAAAAUCAAUUUGGAGCAAGUCUGAAGUGCAGAUCAGCAAAAAGAGAUCUGCAGUUCUUGUGGUCGAUGCGGAACAAAUUUGUACUGCCGACUUGGGAGAAUUCGAAGUUGUAAUUAUUCCAGAUUUUGUACACUCAAUUGACAGUUACCUCCAGAUGUUAACAAGGAUGGCCCGUUACUCUGUCAAUGGCAUGUUGCAUAGCUUUUUAACAAGAGAAGAGGCACAGCUAGUAAGACCAUUGAUUGAGAUCCUUGAACAAUGUAGGCAGACUGUGCCUGAAUCCUUAAGAAAUCUAUGCAACGACGCUUAGAAAAUUGAGCCUUUCCGUUGAUGAGAUAUUUAGAAUGUCAUCUGUACUCGUGAAUCUUAGUCUGAAGAAAUCUGGGUAGAAAUUGCUCAGAAGCUGAAGUUCAUGGGAUUGAAGAUGGGUCGUAGGAAGUUACUAGUUAGUAACCUCUCAAUCAUUACAGCUUGAAAUUGAGAAUUCAUGUUCGUUCUUAGUUUUGGGGAGCUUUUUUUGUCGAGAAAAUUACAGCAUAUCGUGGCAUGGAGAGGCUGAUUUACUGUCCAAUUAUUGUUCUACUUUGGCUUUAUGUUGAUUUUCCAUCAUUCUUCUCAUAUUGAUAUAAUGUUCAUCUCUGUGGGAUGUGAGGAAUCUGUUUGGUUCGUUAAUAAAUAGGUCUGGAAGGGUUUUUUUUCAGAA